CUUUCGUCGACACGACAACUCUUAUCUAUCAACGAGGAGAUCCUUUGCCAUGACAUCCGGCAACGACACGCCGGAAGGACUCUGCGAACCGAAAAAGCGCUCGAACAAUUCGCAAAGCUAGAUCGUCCGGCUGAGCACCGUAUCGUGAGAAGAUCAAGACACACAGCAAACGUACAAGCCAUGCUUUUCAACUCACUUGCGGCCGUUGCUGCCCUCUCGACCGUCGUCGUCGCCGGUUCUUUUGAGAAGCGUACAGCGCAUACAGGCUGCUACAACUACUACAAGGACACCCUCGGCUUUGUGCCAUCGGGGAAGUCAUACGUCAAGGUCGAAAAUGCCCAAAAGUUCCACUUUGGAAACAAGACUCCCAUCCCGAUCGCUGGUCCCAAAGGUGGACAGGCUCGUUGCCAAGCGAACUUUCACUCACUGCUGGGAUGUCUACAGAUACUCAUUCAAACCCUGGAAUCUGCAAGUACUACAACAGCAGUACUGAGCUCGGCGUAUGUCUCUGGAGCGGAUCAGACCCAAGCGGCAAUAUCAUCCCUCAGUCUGGCUGGCUUAACGGAGCCAAGCGAUCCAAUUGCGGCAAGAUGGUAGAAGUCAAGGCCAACGGCAAGACGAUCCAUGCCAAGCUUGUCGAUGGAUGCGGUCUCGAGGCCACUACGCCUGCAAAGGGCUGCUCGAUCGCUUGGCUCACCAUCGCCGCUUUCAACGCUCUAGCCUCGCCUACAGAGACGGAAGGCAACGGCAUCGCAUCGAUCGAGUGGAAGUUCCUCGACGGACCGGUCUAAGCGUACCGUCUUGUAGCUUUUGAUGUUGCAGAUCGAUGAUGCAUUCCUAGGCUCGAGCUGAAUAUCGGGCCUGCUGAGGCACAUACAGACCUCUACUCGCGGUCUCUAUACAAAGCUUACAGCAUACCGCAGGUUCGAGCGAUGUGAUGCUUUCGUUGAGAUACAUGCAUAACCUGCACGCUGUUACUG